AUGGUGGGAAAAAAAAUUGAGAUUCCUGAUGCAGCUAAGUUUCGAGAACGUGGUCUACAACAUGCCAUAAAAUUGGAUAGGUUAUUUAGAGGUGACUCAGAUGAGGACCAUCAUAUGAUUGAGUAUAAAAUUGAUGAUGUUCCCACUGAUAAUUUUAAUGUUAACUUUACUCUUGCAUCUGAUGCUAUCCAAGAGAGAGGAAAGAAAAGAGUUAGCUCUACUUUGCAUGAUAAGAAAUGCAAGAAGGUUGGGGGUGCUGCACAACUAUCUCAGCAAUUGAGUCGUCUUAUUGAUGCAGUGGAGAAGAAAAGUACAGUGCCAUCCAAGAUGAUUGAUAAACCUGGACGUAGUAUCGAUGAGGUGAUGGACGUAGUGCAUAUGAUGCCUGAGAUGGUAGCACAACCUGAACUGCUUUUGAUUGCUGCUGAGGUGCUCCUUAAAAGAGAACAUCGAGAGAUGUUUAUGGCACUCCGAGAUACCAAUCUUCGAAUUGAAUGGCUCAAGCGAAUGUCAAACUUACAUAAGUAG